GCGCAGUUUUCCAAAUAAGGAAGUUCUGGGAGGUGGGUUACAGUUACUCCAUUUUCAUUGGUUAGUCAUUGCGAGGCUUGGUCCAGCCCCCAAGGGAGCCCCCAAAAAAGAUGGCCGCCGAAUACGAAAGGUUCAAUGGCUUCAUUCACACAUCUUGACCUUCGUUUCACCUGACAACAAUCAACUAGCAGCAGAGGACUUUGCGCAGAAGUGCAGAUUUUUGUGAAGUGUUUGAGGACAAUUAUGGAGCUGGCACACAGCUGCCUACAGUGCUGAUGGCCAGACGAGGACCCGUACGUUACUUCUUUUGUGGCUGUAUCGCGACGUCGCUGACAUGGGCAGUCAUUCUGAUGCUGUACUGGAAUGGAGAUGUACAGAGUGGAAACACAGCAGUGCCACAGGAGGGGAAGUCAUAUGGAGGGAGGAUCCGUUUCCAGCCCAGAAGACCACGUGUGCAGGUGGAAGAUGAGGAGGAGAGUGACAGACGGCUGACGUUCAGGAGUCAUCAAGGUGCAGACACCACCAAACUCAGCAACCUGCCGCUCUCAGAACUAGGCCUCAUAAAGUCUCCAGAAGACCAGGAGACACGUGACAUGGGGUACAGGAGACACGCCUUCAACCUUCUCAUUAGUGAUCGCAUUGGCUUCCACAGAAACAUUCCAGAUACAAGGAAUGACAAGUGCCGAGGAAAGUCCUACCCAUCGGGUUUACCCAAGACGAGUAUUGUAAUCUGUUUCUUUAACGAGGCAUGGUCCACCCUGCUGAGGACGGUACACAGUGUGCUGGAUCGCACACCUCGGGAACUACUGCAGGAGAUCAUCCUCAUUGAUGACUUCAGUGAUCAAAGUCACCUGAAGGAGGAGUUGGAGGAGUACAUCAGGGAUCACCUUCCCAUGGUGCAGCUGUACAGGACAGACAAACGGGAGGGGCUGAUCCGGGCCAGGGUCAAGGGAGCCACACACGCAUCAGGAGAUGUCCUGAUGUUUUUGGACAGUCACUGUGAGGUCAGUAAACAAUGGCUGGAACCAUUGCUUGCCCGUAUAGCCGAGGACCGCACGCGGGUGGUGUGUCCCAUCAUAGACAUCAUCAACUCGGACACGUUUGAGUACACGGCCUCGCCUCUGGUCAGGGGAGGGUUCAACUGGGGCCUGCACUUCAAGUGGGACCAGGUUCCUCAGCAGUUACUACAGGGGCCGGACGGAGCUGCAGCACCUAUCAAAUCUGGAUGUGUGGUGGGACAUUAGAAAUCAUCCCCUGCUCUAGAGUGGGGCACGUUUUCCGCAAGCGCCGCCCGUACGGAUCGCCUAACGGGGAGGACACCAUGUCGAAAAACUCCCUGCGCAUGGCGCACGUUUGGAUGGAUGAGUAUAAGGAUCAGUACUUCUCCCUCCGUCCAGAGAUGAAGACGAGAACAUAUGGUGACAUCAGUGACAGGUUAAAACUCAGGGAGAAGCUGAACUGUCACUCCUUCAAAUGGUACCUGGACAACAUCUAUCCUGAGCUGUUUGUACCAGUUGCAGGCCGGAAUAAGGACGUGAGAGCAGCGAAUCCCUGGGGAGUAAAACAAGUCGGUGUGGGGCAGCUACCACCCAGACCUAAGGUCAUCAAGAAAGGACAUAUCAAGCAUCUGGACUCAGGGUUGUGUCUGAUAUCCCAGAAUGGACCCAAUGAGAAGGGGUCACUAGUCGUAGUGAGUGAAUGUUUGUCUGAAGACAAGAAUCAGGUCUGGUACCUGACGGAUCAGGAUGAGCUACAGUUGACAGGUCUGCUGUGUCUAGACGUGAAUGAAAACGAUCCCAAGUCCUUCCCUCGAAUCAUGAAGUGUCACGGAACCAGCGGUGGUCAGCAGUGGAAGUUUGCAGAAGAUAGUGGCCGACUGUACCAGCCCUCAGCUGGCAUGUGUCUGGAGUUCCAGUCGUCUAGUAAAGGCUAUGUCCACAUGUCCAUCUGCGAUAACUCCCCUGUACAGCAGUGGAGAUACAUACUGCUAUAGUCUGGAUUUCCAGUCGCCUAGUAAAGGCUAUGUCCACAUGUCCAUCUGCGAUGAGUCCCCUAGCCUGUACAGCAGUGGAGAUACAUACUGCUAUAGUAGCCAUUAUAUGUAAGGUCUCUAUUCUUUUAGGAAAUUGAGAUAAGUGAAGAAAUGUGUUGUGAUUGGGAAAUACUGUGGAAAAUUCCAUGCGGUGCUAUGCUAAGAAAGAUGUUGGUUCUAAAUUUAAUGAUCUAUUAGCUAUAUAUGGAGAGCCUAAGCAACCAUUUCUAAACUCCAGUGAAAUGCCAGGGCUGGAGUCUGCCAGCUUUGAUGGCUGCCAGCUUAUUCUAAAGAAGUAAAUGGUUUAUCAUCAUCAUCAUCUACUGGUUUUCUCAUCUUCAGCCAUUUAAAUGUCCUGCAGCUGCAUUCAGUCUUUCUUCAUGUUUUUCACUGCAUUUUGCAGCUUCCUUAGCUUCUUUUCUGCUAUAGGAGGAUCUUGUCAUCUGUGCUUCAGGUCUACAUUCAGUAUGUAAAGCAUUCUGAUACAGUGCCUUCCUUUGCAUGCUUUGUAUCUGCUGGAUACCGAGAAUUAGCUUAUACCCGUAAAUGUAUAAUGUAAUAACACUAUUCAAGAGAUACAAAAUGUACAGUGUGUUGCACUGUGCAUUGCAAAAAUAUCAUGUCAGUGGUCAUGUUUACCAUCCAGAUUGCUCAGUCAGUUAUGAUUCUGAUGAAAAGGUUGCUUAUCACAGUAACAAUUAGGUUAUUAAGCUGUCAGAAAGUUGUCUCUCCUUGUGUGAUCUCUCCAUGUUGGAGCUGUAUGUUUCAUUCCAGGGAACUACUUCUUCACUUUCCAUGUCAGUCAUGUUGUUUAAUGCUUCAGUUAAAGCAGGGUCUUGUAACUACAUUGACUGCAUUUUCGGCUGGAAUGCAGUAUUGUUACAGUGAAAGUGUGAACAGCUAGUACAGUACAGUUGUAUCAUAGUUGAAUUGGUCAGUAAUGCUGCUUUUGUUAAGUACGAUAAUUGGUGCAUGAUCCAUCUUCCCUUUAAAGUGAAACUAGUACUUUCUACUAAACAAAUAUAUUGCAAAAGACUUGCCAGUAGCAUACUUGCAUAUGCUAUUAGCCUUCUACAGAAGAAUUCAGUUGUUACAUACAAUUAUUUUAUGAAGUAAUUGCACUUGCAGCACAGGCCUUGAG